UCUGCACGACAAAUGAGAAUAGUCACGCUGGGACCAUAUACCGAUGCCUUCAAGUUUAGCAUGAGUCCGUUGUAAUUGCAGAGAAGAGUGUGUGCAGCGGACCAGUAAAAUCCCGCGCAGGACUUACAAUAUGAAGUCUGCGUUGGUGCUGCUCGUGCUGCUGAGCAUCGCGAUGCUCUGGCGAAGUGAGGCAAAUGAGUGUGCAGGCAAGUGCAGGGGGAAGUCAAAAUGUGACUGUCGAUCCAAAGGCAGCAAGGGGGACAAAGGGUCCAAGGGUCUAACAGGGCGACUGGGCGAGGUCGGCCUGACUGGCCGUGAAGGCAAUCGGGGAGAAGAGGGUCCAGAGGGAUCCCAGGGCCCUCCUGGGAGAGCUGGAGAAAAAGGAGACCGGGGUGAGGUCGGACCAACGGGUUUCCAAGGAGCUCCAGGGUUGCCAGGUAUACCAGGGGUUCAGGGACCGCCGGGACUACUAGGGAAGACAGGCUGCAAUGGGACAGAGGGUGAAAAUGGACAACCAGGCGCACCAGGACUGCAAGGCCCCCCAGGGAAGCGUGGAGCACCUGGUUCAGCUGGCCUAAAGGGUGAAUCUCAGCCAAAUUCAUCGCCAGUUCUUAUUAAAGGACAGAGAGGGCCUCCAGGACCUGAUGGAUUGUCAUGUCUCUCUCUUGUCCUCAGCCAGGGGAUAAUGGUGACCAUGGGGAUCCUGGAUCUCCAGGCAGGAACAGGAGUGAUCGAAGAGUGA